AUGGAGGAAGUUGGCCUGGAGUAUGGACCAAGUUACCCUGGGACUGGGCCACAGUUGCUGACAUGGAAGCCUUUCCAUGGCUGCUCCUCCUGCUGCUCCCAGAAGAUGAGUGGCUACCCACACCUGCAUACCAAAGCAUUCUCUGGAGAUGGUGUUGAUCCUGAGGAAGUAGUUGCAGUCUUUCAAGAGUGAAUUAGCCUCCCUCGGAGAAGUAAAGAAGUUGAGAGCAUCAUCUGGUCCUCACAGAAAAGAAUCAGUAUAGUGACGCCAGGGAACAAAGGUCAGCCAGCAUCCAUCUUGGUAAUGGACCCUCACUACCAGGGCUGAGUGAGCUUUUUGGAGCCCAGCUACUCUCUUUAUAUUAGCAAUCUGACCUGGGAGGACUCAGGACUUUAUCAAGCUCACGUCAACCUGAGAAUAUCCUCAUACUCUACCAUACAACAUUAUAAUUCACAUGUCUACCUCACUGUGAAUAUUGAGAUCUCUGGGGAAGAUCACUGUGAUGUGUUCCUGACAUGUUCUAUAGAGACAGCGGGCAUGGAUGUGACCUACAGCUGGCUCUCAUCAGGGGACAGCAGUGCUGUGGUGCAGGAAGGCCCGGUCCUCAACACAUCCUGGAGUCCUGGUGAAAAUGCUCUUUCCUACACAUGCAGGGCUAGCAACCCCAUCAGCAACAUCAGUUCCUGUUCCAUCCCUUCUGGGCUCUUCUGUGCAGGUAGCAGCACCCUAGAGACAAUCCUCAAGCUUGUGCAAAACUCCUGCCUCAAGACACACAUACUCUCUUUCGUCCAACCCCAAGUCUUCUAA